CGUAAGAACACAAGUGAAAAAGAUAAAUAUAUUCAAUAAUUACGUAUAACAUGCGUCUUUUGUUGCUUUUGGCCCUGUUGGGCUUUGUCGUGGGUAUAACGGCCAUACCAGUUUCUUUGGAGUAUUUGGAACAACCAACCACUUUAUUCGAUGUCGCCGAUGCUGGAGAUUUCUAUUCAAAUAGUGCCGAUCGUUUUGCUCGACAUUGGGGAGGUGGCGGAUGGGGUGGUCGCGGAGGUGGAGGAUGGGGAGGAGGCGGCUGGGGUGGACAUGGAGGUGGUGGCUGGGGUGGACGAGGAGGUGGCGGUUGGGGUGGACAUGGUGGUUGGGGAGGUGGCGGCUGGGGUGGUCGUGGUGGUUGGGGAGGUGGCGGUUGGGGUGGUCAUGGUGGUUGGGGCUAA